CAAAUGCACGGGCAGCCAUUACUACGUGCAAUUUGGGAUAACGGAUAAACUUGUUGAUGUUGAGUUGGCAGUUUGGCUCAAGCGUGAAUUACUUUUGCUGCUCUACUUGUUUUUUCUUCAGAGCUGACUUUACCUGCGCUGCAGAUAUUUCAAAUUUAAGCAAAUGAGUGUUAAAAGCCGCUAGUCUGCCGGCGGUCUCGUAGUGUGUUCAUGCAGCAGCCACGCAGCGGUGUGGCACAUAAACGGGUUCACCUCAGUCCACAUUAGCUAGCCAGCUAAUCCACCUCGGGGUGCACUUAGGUCAACUUUUAAGUUUUUACUGGUUUUGUUGAAUUUCUUAGCUGGAAAACGGAUGAGGCCGUUGUCAUGACACUGAGGAGAGUAAACGCGGUCAUCCUUGUGCUGCUGGCUGUGGCCUUCCUGAUCAUAGUUCAACGAAAUCUCCUCAACCUCAGUGACUUUCUACACAAGGAGCACCCUAAUGCGGGGAUGAUUCUUCCCUUUGAAUCUGAGUUGUCUCCUGAUCUCAGACUAGAGGUCUCGAGGAAAGGGAAAGGAGAGGAGAUCCCCGUCCUCAUCACUGCUGCUGAGGACAGACUCGGUGCUGUCGUCGCUGCCAUGAACAGCGUCUACCAGAACAGUAAAGCCAAUGUUGCCUUCACCAUUGUGACUAUGAAUGACACGGUGGAUCACCUAAAAGUGUGGCUUAGUAAGACGAAGCUGAAAAAUAUAAAAUAUAAGAUAGUUAUUUUCCAGCCGGAGCUCCUCAACGGGAAGAUAACGAAAGAUCCACAAACCCUGGAGGCUACAAAACCAUUGAGUUUCGCCAGGUUUUAUCUGCCUGUAUACAUACCCGAGGCAGAGAAAGCUGUCUAUUUGGAUGACGAUGUCAUUGUACAAGGGGACAUUCAGGAGCUUUAUGAAACCAACCUCAAACCAGGACACGCAGCUGCCUUCUCAGAUGACUGUGAUUCAGCAUCUGCUAAGGGCAUUAUUCGAGGGGCUGGAAAUCAGAAUAAUUAUAUAGGUUUUCUGGACUUCAAGAAGGAGGCUAUCAAGAAGCUGGGGAUGAGAGCCAACACAUGCUCCUUUAACCCCGGGGUCAUCAUUGCCAACUUGACUGAGUGGAGGAACCAGAACAUCACCCAGCAGCUGGAGCACUGGAUGGAACUGAACAAACAGGAGGAUCUGUACAGUAAGAGUCUGGCAGAGAGUGUCACCACCCCCCCACUCCUCAUUGUUUUCUACAAGCGUCACUCCUCGAUCGACCCCAUGUGGCACGUCAGGCACCUUGGCACAAGUGGAGCUGGAAACCGCUACUCCAAUCAGUUUGUGAAAGCUGCCAGACUCCUCCACUGGAAUGGACACUAUAAGCCGUGGGGGAGAACAUCCUCCUUUACUGAAGUGUGGGACAAGUGGUUCAUCCCAGACCCCACAGGAAAAUUUCAUCCUGUGCGAAGACACACAAGGGACAAAUAGAUUGAAAAAUUGGUUUCAGAAACUUUGGACCAGCAAAGUCCCUGCAGGACCGCAGCUCGUGAUAUCUCAGGAAUGAAGUAAGGCCUACUCACUUGCCACUUCUGACAUCCUCUGAACAUGUAGAUGUGUGUGCGCUCUCAUUCCUCUGAACACACAGAAUUGACCUUUUUUUUCUGUAACCCUGCAUUUUUAUUAUUGCUUGGAGUGCACAAUUUGUUUUUACAUUUCUUUAGUCAGUUCCCUUGAGUUUGCUUUGACAUGCUGCUUUUUUCCACUAAGAGGCACAGAGUGAUUUCCUCCUCUAAGAGUAGCAAUUUAUCCUGAACAUGAUUUGAAACUUGUUGCAUCUGGAAGUUAUGACCUUUUUAAUAGACAUGCAGUAUGCAUCAAUCCCAGGCAGCAGUAAUAAGAUACAUUGUGAUAAUGUGCCAAGACAACCAUGUACAACUUAAGCCACUGUCAAAGUAAUAAUGGCUUUAGAAGGGAUGUGCACAUGCAGCUAAAUAGUGACUUAUGUACUUUAUUUUCACACUACAGCAGUUUGGUUGCCUCAGCGGUAACCUAAAUACAUUUUAAAAAGAUUCCUUAUUACGUUACCUCAAUUCAGUACUUCCCUAUGGAAAAGUAAUGAAUUUUUUAUUUGUAAUUGCACAUUGGGUUAUUGAUCACAUCCAUGUCUGGACAUCUUGUAACAGUGAUCUGAGCCUAGUUCAGUCUUUACAUCACAACUGAACAGAAAAUACUUUUUUUUUCCUCUUUUUAUUCAGUUAUUCUGAGGGGUAUUUCAAUUAAGAGUUUUUAAAGAGCACCAACAGUUGAUUGUAGUCAAGUUACUACACUACCAUUUUCAUUUUCCCACCUAUGAAAUCAACUCUGCCAUAAAUAAACUAUUUCAGUACUGUACUGCCUCAUUGCACUGUUACAUUGUGGUUUUAAUGAAUUCGGACCACUAAGCAGACGGCACCUCUGCAAAUAUACAACAUGUUUGUACCAAGUUCUCAUCUUUUAUUCCCAUCAGAAUUUUUAUACACAUUGGACAAAGUGUUAACCUUGCAAGUGUAAAUAUGUCAUCUUUUGUAAAGUACAUGAAAUAAAAACAAUUUAAAUCUUGUGAGUUAAAACAA